UGUGGCGGGCGUGACGCGUUUCUGUCCGCGUUGGAGCCGGGGCGGUCGUGACGUGGCAGAGAGCGAGCGAAGAAGAGGCGAGCCAGGCUCCCCCGGACGCAGACAGAGCAGCCUCGGUGAGCGGAACGCCGCGAGCUCCUUCCAGCGCCCUCGCCGUAGCUCAUCGCCACCCGGAGAGGAAAGCAGCGGAGGAAAAAGAAAGCGAGCAGGAGGGACCGACGUUCGGGUCGCUUGCUGCUGCCUUCCCCCACCCCUUCGACGCGGCUAGCGCCAUCCCGCUCGCUCCUUGCGCCGCAGCGCCCCAGCCGGGAGCCGCCAUGGGCCUCACCAUCUCCUCGCUCUUCUCGCGCCUCUUCGGCAAGAAACAGAUGCGCAUCCUCAUGGUUGGCUUGGAUGCAGCUGGAAAAACCACCAUUCUCUAUAAACUCAAAUUAGGAGAGAUUGUCACUACAAUUCCAACAAUUGGCUUUAAUGUGGAAACAGUAGAAUAUAAAAAUAUUUGUUUCACUGUUUGGGACGUUGGUGGUCAAGAUAAAAUUAGACCACUCUGGAGGCAUUAUUUUCAGAACACACAGGGUCUCAUUUUUGUGGUAGAUAGCAAUGACAGAGAGAGAAUUCAAGAAGCAGCAGAAGAAUUGCAGAAAAUG